AUGGUCCUGCGAAAACGAGCUCCUCCACACCUUCACAACCUCAGUCAAGGGAAUGCCCGCUUCGAACUUCGCUCUUCGCUCUCACGAACUUCGCCGACGUCCUUUUCUCUCAAAUCCACAUCGCCCAAACGCCUGACACGUCCUACAAGGGCUCAGAGCUCUCCGCAUCCUCACCGCGUUCCAUCGCAGGACUCCAUAUUCUCACCUGAUCUGAACACAUCACCAGCAUUCGAUCUGAUGUCUUUGGAGCAGGCGCAACGGUCCCCGAUUCGGACCGCGUCCACGGACGCUCCAAAUCCUUGGGCGGACGAACUGGUCGAGAACCCGAGUCAAGGUCCUCGGGGGAAUGGAGACUCGGCGCAGCCGCAAGUCAUAAACAGUGACCUGCGAGAUGGAGAUGCAGCGGAUAAUAGAAAGGGGGUGCCUUCGAUAGUUCUCGCAGGUACUCAGCGCCGAAUGGCUGCGAAUGAACUCUCGCCGAAUGAAGGGGGGGCCGAUACCUCCGAUUGGGAAUAUUUGGGCCCUUCGCCCGUCCAGCUACAGUCGAACAACCCGUUUCUGAGACCAUCGCAGCUCGAGAGCAAUGCGUGGGCGGACAGGAACUCUCACACAUCAUCUCUGUCGCGAGAUGACGCGAGCGGCGGAUUAGGCCAAGAUGAGGGCUAUAUUCCAAUGACUGCUCGCUUAUCUCUCUUUGACCAGCAGCUGGAAUCCGAAUCCCCUUGGGCGAGCGAAGCUAGCCGUAGCCAGGGUGCAGGGAUGAGUAGCCAGGAAACUGGCGUCACAACUCGCGGUUCUCAGGAAGCCGAUGCCCCUUUUGAUAAUGUGCAACCGCCACUACUCCAGCCCCGCCAGGAACAACAGCCUCCACAACCUAGAAUAAGCACACCAGGAACUACAUCCACCGCCACUACUGAAGCAUCUCAUGUUCUGAUUGAUUUCAAUGACUCUCCCACCCAAGAAGCUGUGUCAGUAACUCAGCCUACCAAGGACCAAACUACAAUCCAAGGAUUUGGUCCACCUGCCGCGCUCCAGAAUGUCCAGCCUGGUGAUGGCGCUUCUCAGCAAGGCGUCAACCCGCCCCCGGGACUGGGUGUGCCGCCGCGUCCUCAUCAACCUCAACUUCCCGUGGCCCCUGACGACGCUGCGCAACAACAAGAGAAGCGAGCAGAGACAUAUUCCAUCAGACAUAUCAGUUGGAAAGAUAGUUCGGGAACGCUACGCGAAUCUCCUAUGCUCAUCCAGAAUAAGAACGGGCCAUGCCCGCUGCUCGCAUUGGUGAACGCCCUUAGUCUACGUGCAGCGGGCUCUAGUACCCAACCACCCAUUGUGAGGGCUCUCCGAACUAGGGAGCAAAUAUCAUUGGGACUAUUAAUCGAGGCACUGUUUGAUGAAUUGACCACGCGUUUGGGACCAAACGACGAGCUCCCAGACAUUGAAGCUCUCAGUCGAUUCUUGACAAUGUUACAUACAGGGAUGAAUGUCAAUCCACGGCUAACUCUGGAAUCGAACGCUGCAGCCGGCACGUUCCUUGAAACAGAGGACAUCAAGUUUUAUAGCGCUUUUGGGGUGCCUUUAGUACAUGGUUGGAUUGCUCCACCAUCAAGUAAUGCCAGUGCGGCAUUGGGGCGGGUAGGACAAUAUCACGAAGACAUUCAAUUGCUCCCAUUUCGCAAACAAGAGCUCGAGGACCGAGUCUUCCAAGGGACAGCCCUGAGCGCAGAAGAAGAAAGCGUUAUGGCCGAUAUCCAAGCGGUCCAGUAUUUUACCGACUUUGAAAACGCCACACAAUUGAGCAGUUUUGGACUUGAACAGCUUUCUAGAACGCGUUCACCCGCUUCAUUCUCGAUCCUAUUUCGUAACGAUCAUUUCUCUACCCUUUACAAACAUCCGCAGCUCCAGCAGCUAUUUACUCUUGUCACUGAUGCCGGCUACUCGGACCAUGCGGAGGUUGUAUGGGAAAGCCUUGUUGACGUCAAUGGGUCGAAUGCGGGCUUUUACGCGGGCGACUUUCGACUUGUGAGCCACAAUACACCUCAUGAAUCUGAUCCAUCCGGGCCGCGGACGUCGAGUCAUGACACCUCCCAGCACACAAGUACACUUUCAGCUCAAGAGCAGGCGGAUGCGGACUACGCCUACGCUCUGUCGCUUCAGUACCAAGAAGAGGAACAGCGGCAGCCAGCGCCUGCCCGUGGGCGCUCGCAGAGUGCAGCCAAUAUUGGGGCUAGCGCAAGUACUCCUGCUGUCAACCGCCAACAGCGUCAAUCAUACGGCCAUCGUUCUCAGUCCCAUUUCGAGACUAGUGGUGCCGCGCACGAAGAUCAGGAAGACGGCCCGCCUCCGUCCUACGAACAGGCAGCCAAGAGUCCAGUAUAUACGCCCCCGCAACGCAGCCCUAAUAUCACCGAUGCACCCCCUCGGGGCCCAUAUUCCAGGAACCAGCAAGCUAGGCAGCCGGUGCGGGGCAGAGAUAAGGAUCGUGAUUGUAUAGUCAUGUGA